CAACAUCACCUCGCCGCACGCCCACCUAUCUCCAAACACUCCGUGAUACCCAUCCCGACACCUGCGCACCGAACUUCGCGCAAGCUCUCUUCCAACCCGCACCGCACUCUUCCGAAUCCCUCACACCAACCACACACGCAAUGGCUCCUAAGAAGUUUGGUGGCCGUGGCCGCACUACCCAGGGCUUCGUCGGCUCGACCUGGAGCAUCGUGACGGACGCCGAGAACCGCAGCCUCGUCGUGGCUGUUGGCAUGUUUACUGCUAGCGUUGCGUUCCUGCACAGCAGCUGGAGCGAGUUCCUGCUGCCCGCGUAGAUUUAUUUUACGCCUGAUGAUCAAAAGACGAAGGAGUGCGGAAAUACCGGAGCGAUAUUGGUCGCAAAAGACCUAGCUGGUUGAAGAGAAGAAGUCGCUGUACUAUACCGAAAGAACGAAGGGGACCCGGAUCCGCCGGGAUUGGAAAAGAUGUCAUGUACACUAUUGCAUGUUGGCGUCUGGGAUGGUCGUCUCUACACUACACUUGAUGAAAAAUCGAUUUCGAUGAGAGCAAGUCUGCCGUUCCAAUGGCU